AUGGGUGUUAAUUCUCUGUGGGAUGCAUUGAGUCCUGUCUCAAGGCCUGUUCGACUGGAAUCGCUUAGUAGAAAAAGGCUGGCGGUCGAUGCUUCGAUCUGGGUCUAUCAGUUCUUGAAGGCGGUGAGAGACAAGGAUGGCAACUCUCUACAGAGUGCACACAUCGUGGGUGUGUUCAGAAGAAUAUGCAAAUUGCUUUAUUUUGGCAUUUUCCCUGUGUUUGUGUUUGACGGAGGGGUUCCCGCUCUAAAGCGCAAGACAAUCGCACAACGUCGUGAGAGGCGUGAGGGAGCGAAGGAAUCGACGGAGCAGGCUGCAAGAAGGAUUUUGGCUAUGCAGCUUCAACGACUGGCAGAUUCAAAUUAUCAGGCGAAUCAGGAGAAGACUAAGUCCCAGAGUGAGACGAUAUCCAAGCCCAAACCAACAGAUGCGAACCCAAACAAGGACCCCGAUGGCGAGUUUGUGGAGUACUUUGAGGAUAACGAUUAUCUUGGGCAAGCUCCAGCUUCUCAGUCGAAUGCCACAGAGCAAACCAAACCCAAAGAGUCUAUUUCUCAAAAGGCAUUCAGAAGACAAGACGAAUAUCACCUUCCCGAAAUAAAAUCGUUUGGAGUUUCCAAGAACGACAAACGAGUGAUCACCGAUUACGAGUAUAAACGACUCACCGGUGACAUCUGGGAUGACUUAGAUGGCAUAGACCUUGACAGUGUUGAUCCAACGUCCCCGGAAUUUGAGGAGCUUCCUCUUGAGACACAAUACGUUAUUAUCUCGCACCUAAGACUUAGAUCUAGACUGAGAAUGGGAUACACCAAAGAGCAGCUGGAGUCUUUAUUUCCGAACUCGAUGGAUUUCAGUAAGUUCCAGAUUCAGAUGGUGCAGAAGAGAAACUUUUUCACCCAAAAGCUCAUGAAUUCAACAGGUAUGAAUGACAAUGCUGCUGUCACCACCACUGGCAGGAUAGCAGGUGAAAAGGAUAGGGCAUACACCCUACAGAAAAACGACGAUGGUUGGACUCUCGCUCUCAAGAGUGUGGGUACAAAGGCUCGUCCCAUUGAGUUUGAUGAGUACGGAGAGAUCAAGGAGGCUAGCCAAAGCGAUAAUGAUGAUGGUGAUGACUGGGAAGACGUGCCUUUGAAAACAGAGCCGAAGGUGAGUUGGAAUGCCAUUCCUGUGAAUCCAAAUAACCCAGAAUUUGGGUCUACGAGGGCUUUUAUGGACCCUUCGAUAGGGAAGAAAGAAACCGAGUCUGAGGAUGACGCGAACUUUGAAUUCGUGGACUCUGAAUCUGAAGACGAAGAAACCAAACUUGCAAUGAUUGAGUCGUUGUACGAUAUGGCUUCCAAGAGAAAGCAAGAAAGAGGUGGACAGAAGGCUGUGGAACCUAUUGAUCUAUCUGAAAUCACGGAACCAGCAAAUGUUGAUUCUCAGUAUGAGGAUGACCAAAUGAAACUUGCUAUUGAGCAAUCUAAAAAGGAGUACAUGGACUUGCUCUUCAAGGAAAAGGAAAUUUCAAAAGGAGCAGAUGUGCCGCUAGAGGAAGCUAAAGGCCAGCCAUUGAUCUUCUCAGGACUGAAUUUCAAAAACUCGAUUUUGUCGAUGAGCCAGAAGACUGGGCUCGAUGCUUCAACUCAAACUCCACUAAGGCCAAGCAAGUCAAACCAGAAAGUCACAAAUUCAGGGCAGAUUGUCGAAUCUUCUAGAGAGCGGAGCGACAAGCCUGCAUCCAAGCCUAAGGCAAAACCCAUGCCCUCUUGGUUUGGUAAUAGCAAUUUGCCCUCCAACACUCAUAUGGGGAUCUCGAGGUUGCAGGAACAAACCCAAGAUGAGCUAGCUGGACUAAUAGCCUUCCCCGAUAUGAACGAUUUUGCACAGGCUGCUGAAAGCGAGACUGAUAGCGAAGAUAAUGCCGAGUUUGUUGAAAUCGAAAGCGACAACGAAGAUGAUAUUCAGGAAGUGAGUGCUUCUGAGUUUGCCAAGAAGUCUGACAAAGGCAACGAAGAGGCGACUCAUAAUAACUCUGUGGACAUUACAAAAGAGUCUGAAGUAGUAAAUGACUCCGCAAGUGAGCUAUCAUCCACGUUUUCUCACCCCAAAAAUGGACAACUUGAUGUUGCGACUCCCCAAACGGUUCAGGAAGGUUCCGCAGAGGACAUGCUACAAGAAACCGGCGAGUUUGCAAAUGAGGCCGAAAAACAUGAUUCACAAAAUCAUGUUGGCAAGGUCCUUAAGUUGUCAGAGACUCUGUCAGGAAGAGAUAAAGAUGCCGUCAUGGAUGACUUCAUGUUUCUAGAUUCAGAAGAAGAGCAGCUGGAGGACAAGCUUCAGGACGAAGAGGCUAAUUUUGCGGACUUUGUGAAUGAUAUGAGAGGGGAAACAAGAAAGUCAAACGUUACCCCUCAGUGGGUUUUGGAUAAAGAUGUUGCUGAGUUUCAAGAGCGCCAUCGCAAACAGAAUAGGGACUCAGACGAAGUCACAACUACUAUGAUAGAUGACGUCAAAGAAUUGCUGAGGAGGUUUGGAAUUCCAUAUAUCACUGCUCCUAUGGAGGCGGAAGCUCAAUGUGCCGAGCUCUACAAUCUUGGUCUGGUGGAUGGUAUUAUCACGGAUGAUAGUGAUUGCUUUCUGUUUGGUGGUGGAAAGGUGUAUAGGAACAUGUUCAACGAGAAAAACUACGUGGAGUGCUACUAUCUGAGUGAUAUCGAAAGAGAUCUUGGGCUGACCAGGGAGAAGCUUAUACAACUCGCUCUUCUCCUUGGAAGCGAUUACACAGAGGGUAUCAAAGGUGUUGGAAUUGUCACAGCCAUGGAGAUUCUAGCCGAGUUUGAGACCACAGAGUCUGAUGCAUUGACCGCCUUCCGGGACUGGUGGAUGGAUUACCAGAAUGGUAAAAUAGACCCAAACGAGUCGACUCUAAGGAAACAGCUCAGAAAGAAGUUCAAGACUAAAUUGUUCUUGAACGAGCAGUUCCCAGAUCCUUUAGUUAGGGAAGGAUACAUUCAUCCUGAUGUUGACCACGAUAAAACAGAGUUUCAAUGGGGCACAGCUGACUUAGACAGACUGCGCACAUACCUUAUGGUAUCGGUGGGCUGGAAUCAGGAGAGGGUUGACGAAAUCUUGGUACCAGUGAUCAGGAAUAUGAACAAGCAGAAGCAGGAUGGAUUGCAAUCGACUCUUGGAGAGUUUUUCCCUACAGAAUAUCUUCAAAGGAGAAAAGAGUUGGCUAUGGGUAAGAGGCUCAAACGGGCUAGUGAAAAGUUGGCAAGCAAGGCCCAAGGAAGCAAGAAGAGAAAAGCCAACGAGUAA